AUGCCGAUCGAGAUUGUGUGCAAAAUCAAAUUUGCUGAGGAAGAUGCGAAACCCAAGGAGAAGGAGGCAGGGGAUGAGCAGAGCCUCCUGGGGGCUGCUCCAGGGGCAGCAGCCCCCCGGGACCUGGCCACCUUUGCCAGCACCAGCACUCUGCAUGGGCUGGGCCGGGCCUGUGGCCCAGGCCCCCGUGGACUGCGCAGAACCCUGUGGGCAUUGGCUCUACUCACCUCGCUGGCUGCCUUCUUGUACCAGGCAGUUGGCCUGGCCCGGGGCUACCUGACCCGGCCUCACCUGGUGGCAAUGGACCCCGCUGCCCCUGCCCCAGUGGCGGGCUUCCCAGCUGUCACCCUCUGCAACAUCAACCGCUUCCGGCAUUCAGCACUCAGCGAUGCUGACAUCUUCCACCUGGCCAAUCUGACAGGGCUACCCCCCAAAGACCGGGAUGGGCACCGUGCUGCCGGCCUGCGCUACCCAGAGCCCGACAUGGUAGACAUCCUCAACCGCACUGGCCACCAGCUUGCCGACAUGCUCAAGAGCUGCAACUUCAGUGGGCACCACUGCUCCGCCAGCAACUUCUCUGUGGUCUAUACUCGCUACGGCAAGUGUUACACCUUCAACGCGGAUCCGCAGAGCUCAUUGCCCAGUCGGGCCGGGGGCAUGGGCAGUGGCCUGGAGAUCAUGCUGGACAUCCAGCAGGAGGAGUACCUGCCCAUCUGGAGGGAAACAAAUGAGACAUCAUUUGAGGCAGGCAUCCGGGUGCAGAUCCACAGCCAAGAGGAGCCACCCUAUAUUCACCAGCUGGGGUUUGGUGUGUCCCCAGGCUUCCAGACCUUUGUGUCCUGCCAAGAACAGAGGCUGACUUAUCUGCCCCAGCCCUGGGGCAACUGCCGGGCAGAGAGUGAACUCAGGGAGCCUGAGCUGCAGGGCUACUCGGCCUACAGCGUGUCUGCCUGCCGGCUGCGCUGUGAAAAGGAGGCUGUGCUUCAGCGCUGCCACUGCCGGAUGGUGCAUAUGCCAGGCAAUGAGACCAUCUGCCCGCCAAAUAUCUACAUCGAGUGUGCCGACCACACACUGGAUUCCCUGGGUGGGGGCUCUGAGGGCCCGUGCUUCUGCCCUACCCCCUGCAACCUGACCCGCUAUGGAAAAGAAAUCUCCAUGGUCAGGAUCCCCAACAGGGGCUCAGCCCGGUACCUGGCAAGGAAGUACAACCGCAAUGAGACCUACAUACGGGAGAACUUCCUUGUCCUUGACGUCUUUUUUGAGGCCCUGACCUCUGAAGCCAUGGAGCAGCGAGCAGCCUAUGGCCUGUCAGCCUUGCUGGGAGACCUCGGGGGACAGAUGGGCCUAUUCAUCGGGGCCAGCAUCCUCACGCUGCUGGAGAUCCUUGACUACAUCUAUGAGGUGUCCUGGGACCGACUGAAGCGGGUGUGGCGGCGGCCUAAGACCCCCCUGCGAACCUCCACUGGAGGCAUUUCCACUUUGGGGCUGCAGGAGCUGAAGGAGCAGAGUCCCUGUCCAAGCCGGGGCUGUCCUGAGAGUGGGGGCGCCAGCAGCCUGCUCCCCAACCACCACCACCCCCACGGCCCCCCAGGAGGCCUCUUUGAAGAUUUCGCUUGCUAGGAUGGUGCUGUUAGAAAGGACCCAGGAGUCCGGAACCCCUCUCUGGAUCCUCAGUAUUAUCUCCUCCUGCUCCUAGGACAGAAGACCUGGGGCAUUGCAGGGCUGAGAGGAGGGGGUGGUGCUCACGGAGGGCCAGGACUCAGUUCUCGCUCUCACCUGAUCCUUGCCUCUGCUGCUCUGCAGGAGGGUCUCCCCACCCCCAGGCUGGUGCCCAGCAGGGGUUGGGGACUAGACCACAGGCCCUGUGUAGGGGGA